AUGGGUAAUUCUUGCAAACAAAAGAAAGAUACUGAAUACGAGGACACUUAAUAAUUGCAAAUAAUCACUGUAGAAAAUGGAAUUCAAGGAAUAAAUACGACAAUCAAACCAGAUAGUCAGCAAUUGAAACUAAGCAAGGAAUCUCCGUAAGAAGGUGUCCAAAUAUCGAAUAUACAGGUGAUAAUGAUCAAGCCAAGAAACGAGGAAGAGGGAGCCUAAAUCUUGAGAGAUUUGAUAUAGUUUGGAAACAAAAUUAUAGUAAUUCCUAAAGUGACAGAAGACAGUCCAAAUGUUAGUGCUAAAUCAUUGUCAAAAAAAGGAAUAUUAAAAAACAAAGGCUUCCAGUUGACUAAACUUUCUCUCCACUCUUGUAACUAGUAGAAAAGGGAUAGAUUUCUAAGGUAUGAAAAUUAAUGA